AUGUACCUCGGAGACGUAGAGAUCUUCCGAACCUCGACCGCAGAGCCAACCAGCACUGGCAUUGUAUGGACAUACAUCAAAGACAUGUCGCAAUACAAUGCCCUCUGGAGAGAACCGCAAAAACUCAUUUUCGAUCUGGGAAAUAUCAUCAAUGAUGUGUACACCGGUUCCUUCAAUGCGACUUUGACGGCGCAUUUCUCGUUCCAGAACCACGUCAAAACAGCUGAUCAGAUCCUACCUAUUUCUGCACAAAAAUCAGCUUCGAAUUCUUCAAGUGCCUUUUCAGUCCCGAGUGAUAAUACGACUGUUCUGCACGCGAUCCCUGCUGCGGCUUCGCGUGCUGUUGUGACUAUCUCUGCUUGUGGACAAUCACAAGAAGAGUUCUGGUGGUCCAACGUCUUCUCUCAAGAUACCGAGGAUUUCAAAAGCACAGUGGGUGAGCUUUACGGAUAUUCGCCGUUCAGGGAGAUUCAAUUAUACAUCGAUGGAAUGCUCGCUGGUGUUGUAUGGCCGUUUCCUGUCAUCUUCACUGGAGGUGUAGCUCCGGGAUUCUGGCGCCCAAUUGUGGGCAUUGAUGCGUUUGACCUUCGACAGCCAGAGAUUGACAUUUCGCCAUUCCUUUCCCUGUUACAAGAUGGUCAAAAGCACUCAUUUGAAAUUCGAGUCACCGGUUUGAAAAUUGCAGCCGAUGGAACUGCAGUACUUGCGAACACAGUGGGCUCUUACUGGGUUGUCACCGGAAGCAUCUUUCUCUACCUUGGUGAAGAAGGUGGCUCUGAGGUGCAAGACGAUGAGCAGGUAGACCUGCCUCAGGUGGAAGCACAACCUCCAACCUUCACCAUCACACGACGUUUCACACAAAAUGCCACUGGGGGUAACGACACCUUGUCAUAUUCCGUGGAGGCAAAGAGAACAUUCACUGCGACUUCUUCCAAAUACUCCUGGUCUCAAGAUCUAUCCUUCUCCAACCAAGGGUACCUCAACCAACAGGGAUACAGCCAGGUCAAUAAGCAGCUGACGGCAGGGAAGUCUACAAUCACGAGGCUUGGACAGAACUCGCAAGCCAACGAAAUCACCUUCAAGUACCCACUAUUGGUCAACUCAACUUACGGUAUAACCAAAGACUCUUUGGCAAUUGACGCCUGGAUGAAAAGAGGUCUUGAAAUCGAAUCAUCGGGAAGCCUCGGAUUAUCCACGUACACGCUAGCAAAUGGGCCAUCGCGUCUUCAAACCUCGCAAUCUGGCAAAGCUCGCUACAAGUCCGUCACGGGUGAAAGUUCUUCGUGGGGCACUACUGCCGAUAGAUUCGACAGCAGUGCGAAUGGAGAAGUUUACUCUCGAUCUGUGAGAGCGGUUAAUGGUGAAGUGGUUUAUGACACUCAACCUGUAAAUAAAGCUCUCUCAGUCUCCUUUCAGAGUGUUGGGCCUUUCGGGAGAGACAGCGUCAAAAGCAUGCUUGGUAGAGGUCCUGGGAAUCCUGCAGCUUGA